AUGUCCGCAUAUUGCAUAUUAUCCUCGUUUUGCUUGCUGGCGCUUGCGCCGCUCAUCGUGUUCUUCUCGAUGGCAGACGAACCAUUCAAAGAUGCGUUGCAGAAGUUUGGAGCCGCGGCGUGGAACAGUAAAACGGAAAUGAUGCUUAGCGCCUCCACCAAGGACGCUACGCUCAAGUCGGAGGCCGAUGCUCUCGUCGACUCAUUGUUGACUAACGAUCUGGCGUACACAGAGUGGCUCACGGCAGAAAAAGUGUGCCCUCACGUGAACAAUCGUUUCGAUUCUAUCAUUCACCCGCCUCACGCCCAUUGGGUUGGAAAAAACAUCGCAGUUGACGGGUGGAGUUGGCACGAAGUGCAAGGCAAGGCUCGUGCCAUCGAGCGCCCCCCUGGCGCGGCAGCAAAGCAAGAUUUGGACAAGGUGCAGGCAACCAUCUCAAGUUGUGGCGGUACGCUUGGAGAUAUCAAGCCGCAUGGCCUCAGGGCAUUUACAGUAAGUUGUUCCCACACGAUGGCGUGGAUCUGGGCCGUGGAAAGCGGCGCGAGCCCGACGGCCGAUUCGGUGGAAUACGCAAUCAACGGAAAGCUUAGCAAGGACAGGUUGUGCGAGCUGUCGCCAUCGAUGUCCCAGCCGUUUGAGAAAGGGCUGCCCUUUGUCAUAGUGAGGCACGAAGUAGCUAGUGCGUGCCCGAUGAUCGCCGCCUUCCUUCAGGAAGCGGGCAACGUCGGCAAUCGGAUCAGGAAAGACCCAUCUAUCAUGCAAGUUCUCUUCCAACUGCAUGCCAGGGCCGUGACGAACACCAAAUUGCAGGGCAAGCCGAACUGGGACGCCACACUUGUUUUGUUCAAGGAUCUACCAUUUGCCAAGAUGCCAAGUUGGAUCUUCAUGCGUCUUAAAGCGUGCCAGUCGGCGCCCGAAAACUUUGUAGUCAAAGGCGAAUGCAAACUAUUCAACCGCGUGGACACGCGGGCAAUGACUGGCAACCUUAUGCCGCAUAUAACAGAAGCAGUCGCCAGAUACACCAAAGGCCGAGAUUGGCUGGUCAGCCUUGGCGUCGAUGAGGGGGCAAUCGCGAAGCAUUCAGGCGAGUUCGCAGUGAAGCUGGUCAUGCACGUGUGCAGCAAGAGGUCAAAGAGUCGGAAACAGUUCAAGUCAAUCGAAGAGAUAUGCGAUGAUUUCGUUCGAUGCGUGGCCGACGCGGUGAAGGAUCCCAAAGUAAAGGCGCCGUGGCAGAGCGAAUCCAGUGACAGUGGCAAGUCGGGCGCAGCAUUCCGUGAGUUUUCAGGAAAUGCAUUCGACCCGUCUUCGCUGGCAGCUAUGGGGUUCGUUCCGGAGGUGCGCGCGACGACCAGCAGCCGCAAAGGCGAGACAUGCAAGUUGGACUCCGUGGGCGCGGAGUGCGUUCUGGUUCUCGUGAACGACAGCGGCAGGAUCCCCGUGAAGCUAAAGGUGUCAGCCGCCGAUGUGGCCGACAGCUGGUCCACCAUCACGCAACCUGAGCAUAAGGUGGUCGUUCAAACAAAGGAUCUUCAGUCGCCGCAUGGCCACUCAGACAGCUUGGCGGAAUGCACAAAGGCUGUUGCGAGGCUGGCGCUUGAGAAGGCGUUCAUCGAGCACCAGUCGGUAGCGUACAAUGGCGGUGGGGAUGCAGGUUUCGAGGUGCAGUUGAAACCGCAGAGGUCCGUGUUCACCAAGUCCGCCUAUGCGAAAGGUAAGCUCGUGCUGGUCCCUUUCUCGACUUCGGUUUCGGCCCUCUCUAAGGACGGCCCAAAUGGCUCCGUCUGCCUAGGCUGCCCUAGGGAUGCGUCUGGCAAGGUUCAGGCGUUUGUUUCUCAGCGCUGCGACUACGCGCACGGGGAGACCGUAUCGGGCUGCCACUCCAAGGAGGUGGUGCCGUUCGUGGCGCCGUUCUGGUGCGUGAAGCCCGAGGGGGACAGUGCCUCCGCCAACAUGCAGGUCAGCCACAUCCGCAUCCUAGUCGGGGCUGGGAGUAGCCUUUCCGACGGCGGAGACGCCUUCGUGGACGUCCCAGUGUUCACGAACAAGUCCAGCUUGAAGGCUGGCGAUGAGUUGAGGGUGUUUGACCAAGAUCGGGCAGCCUUGAGCAAGGCCAAAACCAAGAAGAGGGGCGUCGACGCCUCUGGGGGCACGGCGAAGAGACAUCGGUAG